AUGGAACAAAAAAAGAUCAAAGACAAAGAAUUGUUGGAGAAAUUAGAAUUAAAUGAUGAAUAUAUAAGGUCAUUAUUGAAAAAUGGCACUAAUAAAAAGUAUAUAGAAAAGGUAGAUAGUGAUUUGAACACAUCUAAAUCAAGUAAUAAUCAUGAUCUUAACUAUGCGUUCAAUGAUAAGUUUAGUGGUAGAAAUGCAUCCCCGAGCAUCACAUACCUAGAGAAUGUUAUCAAUAAAACUGUAGACCACAACACUCAGUUGUUGCGACAAGAAAGAGAAAAAGAACUAAGAGAUCAACUAAAGUUGAAAUCAUCGAGAGAUAGAUAUAAGCCAUAUCAAACCAGAGAAAGAGAAAGAGAAAGAGAUAGAGACAGAGAUAGAGACAGAGAAAGAGAAAGAGAAAGAGAAAGAGAUAGUUAUAGAGAUAGUUAUAGAGACAGAGAUAGAGACAGCAGAGAUGGAGAAAGAGUAAGAGAUGUUAGAAAUCAAUGGGAAACCGAUAGAGAAAGACUAUCUAUACAAAGAGAACUUAGCCAUAAAAAUAGAAUGAAAUCUCUUUUUGACAGUAAUAAUAGUAGUAGUAAUUCUGCAUCACUUGGUGGUAAUAAUAAUAGUAGAUCGAGAUACUUUGAUGAUGAUGACAAUGUAGAUAAUAACAAUUCACACUCUCGUGGCAAUCAAGACAAAGAGUUUGACGAUGAUAUUCCAGAGAUCUUGAAAACUACUGCUGUCAGAGGAAGAGGUCGUAUCGGUAGUAGAGUUCAUGAUGAAGUCAAAGAUAAGCAUCUAAUUAAGAAUCUUAAUAGUAAAUAUGGUAUAGAUUUAGAUAUAUACAAAGAUGAUGAUAAUAAUAAUAAAGAUAGUGAUAGUGAUAAUAAUAAUAAAUAUAAAAGAUCUCCAUCUCCAUCUCUAAACUCAUCUUCAUCGUCUUCUUCGUCGUCGUCAUCAUCGUCAGAGGAUGAAAAAUCAAGAAGAAGACGAAAAAGAAAAGAGAAAAAAAAAAGAAACUUAAAAAAGAAAAGAAAAAACUAA